AUGGCACAACUAACGUUCUUAAGAGCAUCAUACACCAAAAUAGAUCACUAUCAGUGUCAUCUCAUGGUCUUUGCAAGUAACUUGGGUAUUGUCAUUGUUGGUGUCUAUUCCACUAUGAAAUGUCGUUUGCACCCUUUGUCGCAAGUUGAAUGCUGCGUGUCGCAUCUAUCAUGUCGCGCAUAUCAUGUCGGAUGUACCAUGUCGCAUCUAUCAUGUCGCGUAUCUCGUGUCGCAUCUAUCAUGUCGCGUAUCUCGUGUCGCAUCUAUCAUGUCGCAUCAACCAUGUCGCAUCAACCAUGUCGCUGGUUUCUACGACAUGUGUAUCCAUGCGACACAUAUGACAGGCGACACAAUUUGUAUGCGACAUUUUAA